AUUCCAGCUCUAGCUUACUGUGUGCAUCUCUGUGGAGUAGAACAGAACCUCAAUUUGGCCGUUUGCGGGUAUCCUUUUGCGUGGGGCAGGAUAAUUUCUGUGCGUGGAGCAAUCUGUGUUCUGUGAAAUCGAAAAAGGACUCUUUUCGAAUUGGCAGUGAUAGUGUGAGCAAAAUAAAAAGGAAGAGGGGAAAUUAGUAGAUCCGAAAAAAAAGCAAAAGCAAAAAUGCGUGCGAUAGUGUUAAUUUCGGUCCUGUGCGCAGGAUUCGCGAGCGCCUUUCCUCAGCAAGCCAUAGAUCCUGCCUAUCUGCGGCAGUACUAUCAGCAGAUUGCCCAACAGGCUGGGGCCCAAACGGGAGGAGGACCUCAGGCCCGGUCGGACUCGACGCCGAUCUACGAACAGGGAGCCCAGGAGCAGCAGCACAUCCCACAGUACGUGCAGCAGGGCCAGCAGAUCCGACUCCGGGAUAACGUACAGGAUCAGAUUCAGAGGCAAUAUCAGCAGCCUCAAGCGGCCGCUCGUCAAUAUCAGCAGCAACCCCAGUAUCAGCAGCCCCAAUAUCAGCCUCAACCUCAGCAAGUUCAGUACGUCCAGGAGCAGCAGUACGCCCAGCCAAAGCAGCUGAAGCUGAGCAAAGCCCGCCCGGCCCAACAGCAGUACCAAUCCCUGGGACAGGGUGGCCAGCGGCAACUGGAAGAUGAGGAAGACUAUGACCCCAACCCAUCGUACCAGUUCGGUUUCGACGUCAAGGAUGACGAGUACACCAACUACCAGAACCGCAAGGAGCAGCGUGACGGAAACGUGAUCAAGGGCAGCUAUUCGGUCGUCGAUUCCGAUGGAUUCAUCCGGACCGUGACCUACACUGCCGAUCCCAAGGAAGGCUUCAAGGCCGAGGUGAGCCGCCAGCCUACCGAUAUCGUGGUCAAGAUCCCGAAACCUCUGCCCGAAUAUCAGCAGGAUCGGCAACAGCUGCAGCAGAUCCAGUACCGUCCCCAGCCUCAGCAACAGCAUCAGCAGAAGCAGCGACAACAACAGGACUACACUCAGUUCCAGUAGAAGCAGCAAUGGCUGAUGGUGGUGAAACAUUUACAAGACUUCUUGGAGUAAGGUAGUCCAGUCCCUACCUCCUUCUUCCUAUUCCAAAUAAUAAAAAAAAAACUCCCCCGAAAACCCUCCAUCAUCCCCCUCUUUGAUCACCAAUGCUCCAUUUAUCAAUGUCCUCAUAUAAUGUUACCAACACAUUGUUCAGAAACUCAUUGCCGUAAAACGCGUCGAAAAAAAACCUAUAAUUUAUGUAUUAUUAUAAUGAUUUAAAUUUAAUUAUUUUAUGCUUACGCGAGUUCAAAUAAAAA